GCGCACCCUCGCCUGCCUCCUUUUUUUUUUGCAGCUGCAGCAAAGAGGCCAGGAAAAGGAAAAAAAGCUUUUAUUUCUGCACCGGUUUGUCGAUUUCCUUCGGGUUUUUUUUGCCCUCGGAUUCGAAAAGGAAGGCCUUGGAGAAGCUUUGAAGCCUUCCAUCGUUUUGGAAGGACUAUUUUUCCCUAUUGCAAUUUAUUUAUACAUUAUUUUGCAAGACAAGACGGAGCGAAACGGGCCCAUCCAUCCCUCUUUUCCUGAUUGAUUUUAUUUGGAAUUGAUGAUGCAAAUCAUCCCAUCUUGAGCCUAUUUUUGUUUUUUUUUUUUGGAAAUAUUUGUUUGAAUUUAUUACAAUUUGGAUUUUAAUUUAUUAUUAUUAUUAUUUGCAUUUUUAUUUAUUUUAAUUAUUUUUGUUAUGAUUUGGAUUUUAUUAUAAUUAGAUUAAAUUAUUGUUAUUUGCAACUUAUUUUGGAUUUUAAUUAUAUUAUUUUUUUGCAAUAUUUAUUUAUUUUAAUUAUUUUUGCAAUUUAUUAUUUAUUUUCCUUAUUAGUUGGAUUUUAUUGGACUUAUUUCAUUUCUUGCAAUUUAUGUAAUGAUUAUUGUCCGGAUUUUAUUAUAAUUUGCAAGGGUUUUUUUUAAAUUGCCUUUGCAAUUAUUUUUAUUUUAUUUGCAAUUAUUUUAUUUUGCAAACCCUGAGCUUGGAAUAUUUUGGAUUUUAUUAUUUGCAAGAAUUUUUUAUUUUUAAUUUGUAAAAAAACCCCAAAACUCUGAAUUUGGAAUAUUUUGGAUUUUACUUUUUGCAACUGACUUUUGGAUCAUGCAAAUUUGGAUUUAUUCUAAUUUGAACUUACUUUUGGAUUCUUUGAAGAAGCAAAUCUGAGCCUGGAAAUACUUUAUUUUAUAUAAUUUAUUAUUAUUUUGAUAUUAUUAUUUGAACCCUUGAAAACCAUAUUUAACUAUUUUAUUGUAUUGCAUUUUACUUGGGGCCUUUGGAUCUUUGGAAAUUUUUAUUUUAAACUUUAAUCUUAAUAGUUCAGGGUAUUAUUAUUAUUUGCAAAGGUUGCAAAAUACCUAAAAAUAUAUUUAAAAUGUGUAUUAUACUUUGUUUUGCAAAGGUAGCAAAAUACCCCUAAAAGUAUUUUUAAUUUUUAUUAUUAUUAUUAUUAUUAUUAUUAUUAUUAUUAUUAUUAUUAUUAUGCAGUUUUAAAUUUUUUAAUUAUUAUUGUUCUUUUGCAAAGGAAGCAGAUUGCAAAAUAAUAAUAUUUAAUUAUAAUAGUAUUUUUUGCAGAAGUUGCAAAAUUCCCCUUAAGAUACUGGUUUUAAUUAAUUGUUAUUAUUAUUUUUUCAGCAUUUUAAAUUUUUAUUCUUAUUCUUUUGCAAAGGAAGAGAAGCUUGCAAAAUUAUUAUUGUUAUAAUUACUUUGCAUUUUAAUUAAUUAUUUGUUUUGUUUUAAUCUUAUUAUUUUGCAAUUAUUGUUAUUGUUAUUAUUUCUUAUUGUGUUGCAAAGCUUGCAAAACACCCUUAACAACAAUAUUUAAUACUUAUUAUUUUGCAAAAUAUUUUUAAUUUUUAAGUUAUUAUUUUUUUUGUAAAUUUUGCAGUUAUUGUUUAUUGCAAAGCUUGCAAAAAGCCCCUAACAAAAAUUAUUUUAAUCUUUUAAAUUGUUAUUUUGCAUUUAUUGCAUUCUAACAAUAUUUAUUAUUUUGCUAUUUUUUGUAUACUAACAAUAAUUAUUAUUUUGCAAUUUUUGCAUCCUAACCAUAUUUAUAUUUUGCAGUCUUUGCGUUCUAAUAGAGUUUAUUAUUUUGCAAUUUUUGCCUUGUUAUUAAUGUGUUGCAAAACACUAACAACAUUUAUUUAAUUUUUAAAAUAAUUCUUAUUUAGGAAAAUAUUUUUAAUUUUUAAAUUAUUUUUUGCAAUUUUUGUAUUGUUAUAAUUAUUUUGCAAAAAGGUUCCAAAAUAUCUACGUAUGAUUUAAUUAUUUUUAAUUAUUAAUAUUUUCCCAGUUUUUGCAUUAUUAUUUAUCGUUGUUUUGCAAAGACAAAGCGAAGGUUGCAAAAAAAAAUUCCCCUGAAAUAUUUAUUAAUUAUUAUUUUAAUUAUUUUUGCAAUUUUUGCAUUAUUAUUUAUUUAUUGUUUUGCAAAGAAAAAGCAAUGGUUGCAAAAAAUAUCCCUUGAAGUAUUUAUUAUUUUUAUUAUUUUACUUAUAAUUGCAAAGGAAGCCGAGGUUGCAAAAAUACAAUAAAAUAGAAUUAAAUGGACACAAAGGGCUCUACUUCCGGGUUGUCUCUAUGUCUCCUUCCGGGAGGAAGAGGAAGUCGGCCGGCCUUUUAGACCCGACUUCCUCCCAUUGACCUUUUUGCAAGAAACACAUUUAUUUUCAUUAUUUAUUUUAUUAUUUUUUGCAAUUUAUUUUAAUUAUUAUUUUUUUGCAAUUUAUUUUAAUUAUUAUUUUUUUGCAUUUUGCAAUUUUAAUUUAUUUUUUUAUUUUUUCCCCUUUUUGCAUUGAUGGAUUGACCUUUGCCUUGGGAAAUAAUAAUUUUUCUGGAAUUUUUUUUAUUUUUUUUUUUUGUGUGUGCAAAAUAAUAUAUUUUGCAAAUGACUCCAAGGAGAAAAAGGAUUUAAAGGGAAAGUAAAGGAAGAAAAGAAGAAGAGGAUACAUUGGAUUGCAUGAAUAUUCCGCCAUGUUGGCCUGCCUUCAAAGGACGCAGAAUCCUACCCGGCAACACAUGGUUUGCACCAAUAAGGAGCCUCGGAAGUGCGACGCGAUGCCCGUGGUGUCGGCCCCCCCCUCGGCGUGUUACCCGAGUCCGGCCGAGCUGGACGCCUAUGCCCGGAAGGUGGCCAACCAGCCCUUGACCAUCAAGAUCUUCCCGGCCAACGUCCGAGUCCCGCAGCACAAGCACCUCAACCGGACGGUCAACGGCUACGACACUGCGGCGGUAGCCCCGCCCCCCCAUUACAGCCCCUAUCCCGUCGUCGUCAAUAACAACAACAACAACAGCGGCAACAACAACACCUACCAGGGCUUGUUGGCCAUGGUCCGGGCCGGGUCCUCGUCCUCGUCGUUGUCCGGGGUGGUCAAAAACGUGGAGGGCAAGCGGACGAAGCCCGCCCGUCACGUCGUGGCCGGGGGUCCGUACCCCCACAACGCCGCCCCGCCCCCGUCCAUCCAGAACAUCAUCUUCCAGAUCAACCGGCAGUGCGGACAACCGGGGGGGCCGGCCAAGCACGGGUACGCCGAGAUUGUGUACCCCGAGAGGGUGGAUUACGUCCACUCUCUCCGCAAAUCGCCGGACAAAGUGGGGUCGUCGCCGUUGAACUGCACGGCGGUGGGCACGAACUUCGUGACGGGCCCGCCGUGCUUCGCGACCGCGCCGUGGAACAGUGUCCUGGCCACGCCGGACAGCGACUGCUGCCACCACGGGGGGGCCCGAGAGCCCUGGCCGGCCGGAGGGGGGCUCCCCAGUCUGCCCAGUCUGCCCAGCAAGACGCUCUGCAACGCCUCCGUCCUCAGCAGCAGCCUCCAGUCGUUGGAGUUCCUCAUCAACGACCUGCGCCCCCCCUGCAUCAAGGAGCAGAUGCUCGGAAAGGGGUACGAGACCGUGGCCGUGCCCCGACUCCUCGACCACCAGCACGCCCACAUACGGCUGCCCGUGUACAGAUAGGCCGGGGGCACGUGGGGGGAACGGACGGACGGACGGACUCCGGGGUCCCACAACACGAGGUCCGAGGGGGUCGGUCUGAACCGUCUUUGCGGCGGUGGUUGAGUCGUCUUCACUGUGGCCGUUGAUUCGUCUUCACGAUGCUCGACUCGUUGACCCGUCUAGGCCGUUUGACCGUUGACCCUUGAUUCGUCGUUAAGGAGAUCGAUGACCCGUUUUGACAGCGCUUGACUCGUCUUUAAGGUGGUUGUUGACUCGUCCACGAUUUUGUUGACACGUUAUUGACUCAGCCGUUGACCCAACCUGUACAACACUCGAUUCACCGUUAAGGAGAUUGACGACCCCUCUUGACGGCGUCCGACUCGUCUUUCUGGCGGGUGAUGACUCGUUUUUCCGGCAGGACCUCGGAAAGGCCUAGAGUGGCAUUACAAGACCUAUCUCUAUAACAUAGAGGUGUACUGGAGGACCUAGGGAAGGCCUAGAGUAGCAUUGCUAGACCUCUCUAUACCAUAGUCAUGCUGCAGGAUCUAGGAAAGGCCUAGAGUGGCAUUACGAGACCCGUCUUGAUACCAUAGAGUCAUGCUGGAGGAGGCUGAGAGUGAUGUUAUGAGACCUGACCAUACAAUAAAGCUGUACUGGAGGACUUAGGAAAGGCCUAGAGCAUCAUUGCUAAAUCUCUAUACCAUAGUCAUGCAGGAGGACCUAGAAAAGGCCUAGAGUAGUAUUACUAGACCUCUCUAUACCAUAGAGUCAUGCAGGAGGACCUAGGAAAGGCCUGGAGUGGCAUUGCUAGACCUCUCUAUACCAUAGAGUCAUGCAGGAGGACCUAGGAAAGGCCUGGAGUGGUAUUACUAGACUUUUCUAUACCAUAGUCAUGCUGGAGGACCUAGGAAAGGCAUAGAGCGGCAUUGCAACACCUGGAGGGCUUAGGAAAGGCCUAGAGUGGCAUUGCUAGACCUCCCUAUACCAGAGUCAUGCUGGAGGACCAAGGAAAGUCAUAGAGUAGCAUUGCUAGACCUCUAUGCCAUAGAGUUAUGCUGGUGGAGGCCUAGAGUGGCAUUUCGAGACCUGUCUCUAUACCAUAGGGCUGGACUGGAGGACCUAGGGGAGGCCUAGAGUGGCAUUACGAGACCUGUCUCUUUCCAGGGAUCGAUGAAUCGUUUUUAUGGAGCUCGUCUCGUCUUUCCAGUGGUUAUUGACUCGUCUUCACGUUGGUUAUUGACUUGCCUUUAUGACUGUUGACCCAUUUUUGGUGGUUGUCGACUCGUUUCAAGGGCAGCCAAUCCCCCGUCUUUAUGGCACUCAACAACUUGACUCGUCUUUAAGGUGGUCAAUUAUGGCAGUCGGCUCGUUGUUAUGGCAGUCAAGAGCUCACCCAUCACCACGGGCUCCUACCCGGCGAGCAUCACGUCAACCCCGAACGUCACGAACGACCCGUAUUUAUGGCGGUUGUUGUCGUUAUAGUGGUUGACAACUCAAUCCAUUUUUGAGGAGGUCAGUGAUCUGUAUUUAAGUUAGUUAUCGACUUGUCUUCAAGGCUGCCGAUGACCUGUUUUUGCGGCAGUCGACUCGUCUUCAUGGUCGCCGAUGAUUUUAGAGGCCGUCGACUCGUCUUUGAAGCCACCGAUGACCCGUUUUUAGAAGUCGUAGGCCCGUCUUUACGACGGUCGACGAUUCUCGGUCCAUAACCCGUUUUAACGACGUCAACAACCUAUAUUUACAGUGGUCAACAACUCAACUCAUUAUGGCCGUCAAUGACUCAUAUUUACGGCGGUCAAUAACUUGACUUUGCGGCGAUCGUUCAAGGAAGGACUCCCCGUUCGAAUCGGGAACAAGAAGGAUCGGAAAGACUCGUUCCCGGCGUAUCCCUAACGAUAACGACAGUAGUAAUCGCUCGUCUACUAUUUUAGGAGGAAUUAUAAUGUUUUUUGUUUUGUUUUCUUACGAAUGUGAACAGGGAGAAGUCCGGUUUAUUUUGCUGCUAAGGACGGACGGACUUUUUUUUCGGGAGGGAGGGGAUCUGACCUAUAUAGAGGGAUGUAUAUGUACGAGAGUGAGAGAGAUGGUGUGGAAUUGUAUUAGGUAUUCCAUAGAGUCACGCUGGAGGACCUAGGAAAGGCCUAGAGUGGCAUUGUGAGAGCUCCAUACCAUGAAGUUGUACUGAAGGACCGAGGAAAGGCCUAGAGUGGCAUUAUGAGACCUGACUCUAUACCAUAGAGUUGUACUGGGAGACCUAGGAAAGGCCUAGAGCGGCAAAAUGAGACCUCGCUAUACCAUAGAGUCAUACUGGAGGACGUAGGAAAGGCCUAGGGCAACAUAGACCAGUCUAUACCAUAGAGUUAUGCUGGAGGACGUAGGAAAGGCCUAGGGCAACAUAGACCAGUCUAUACCAUAGAGUCAUGCUGGAGGACGUAGGAAAGGCCUAGGGCAACAUAGACCAGUCUAUACCAUAGAGUUAUGCUGGAGGACCUAGGAAAGGCCUAGAACCGCACUGCGAGAUCUGUCUCUGCCAUAGAGUUGUGCUGGUGGACCCAGGAAAGGGCUAGAGUGACAUGAGACCUCUAUACCAUGGAGUUGUACUGGAAGAUCUAGGAAAGGCCUAAGGCGGCAUUGUGAGACCUGUCUAUACCAUAGAGACAUACUGGAGAACCUAGUAAAGGCCUAGAGCAGCAUUGUGAGACCUGUCUCUAUACCAUAGAGUUGUACUGGCGUCUCUAUGAAAGGCCUAGAGCAGCAUUGCGAGACCUGUCUCUAUACCAUAGAGUUGUACUGGAGAGACUCUAUGAAAAGCCUAGAGCAGCAUUGUGAGACUUGUACAGUACUAUGGAGCUGUACUGAAGGACCGAGGAGAGGCCUAGAGUGGCAUUAAGAGACCUGUCUCUAUACCAUAGAGUUGUACUGGAGGACCUAGGAAAGGCCUAGAUCAGCCACAUUCAGGUUCUAACAUAUAGAGGGGUGUAUAUGUACAAGGAUAAGAGAGAUUGGAUGGAACUGUAUUAAGUAUUCCAUAGAGUCACACUGGAGGACCUAGGAAGGGCCUAGAGCGGCAUUGCGAGACCUGUCUCCAUACCAUAGAUUUGUACAGGAGUACAUAAGAAAGGCCUAGAGCGGCCACAUUCAGGCAUUACUGGAUCCUCCAGUGCAACUGUAUGGUCAUAGUGUUGCUGGAGGAUCAACAAAAUGCCUAGAGAGGACACCCGGACGGGGAAAAUAAACACUUGAAAACUUGAAUUAACUUUUAUUUUUAUUUUUUUCUGUUACUGUUAUUAUUUGACUGCUGCUAAAUGACAAAAGGUCUAGCUCUAGUUCGUUAAUUGUUAAUUACUAUUAUUUAAUUAAUAUUAUAAUUAUUAUUGGAACGAGUGUGUCAUCCAUGUGAAGAUUCCUAGAGGGGAAAUCCUUUCUAGGGAAUUACUCUUAUGCCCACGAACGUACAGGUGACCUAGAUACCUAGACGGGCGCCUUCUCAAAAUACUCUGAGGCAAUUCAUGCCAUAGAGUUGCCCUGGAGGACCUAGAGAAUUCCUAGAUAGAGGCAUCUUUUCAAGGAAUGUAUAGUGAGUCUAUGGUCAUUUUGGCAUGAGUGUGCCAUAGAGGAACCCUAGAAAACUCCUAGAAGGGUAUCCUCUAUAAAGGUCCUCCAAUGUAAUUCAUACCAUAGAGGAUAGAAAACCAUCCUUUCUAGGAAUGUACACUAUAGUGACUAUGGUCAGAUUUGACCCAACACAAAAUCCUUGGAAAUUCCUAGAUAGGCACUGUCUCAAGAUCCUCCAAUAGAAUACAUACCAUAGAGCGUCCUUGGAGGGCUUAGAAAAUUCCUAGAGGGGCUUCCUUUCUAGAAUUUUAUUCUGUGGUCACAUUCAGUCCAACAGGUACCCUAGAGAGGUCCUUGAAAAGUCCUAGAAGGGUUGCCCUCUUAAGUUCCUCCAAUAUAAUACCAUAGAGUGUCCCUAAAGGGUAAUACCUUUCUAGGAAUUUAUAGUGACUCUAUCAUCACAUUUUGGUACGAGUGUACCAUAGACAAACACUGGAAAACUCCUAGAAGGGCACCCUCUAUGGCUCCUCCAAUAUAAUUUUUACCAUAGAGUUGCUCUGGAGAUUCCAAAGUGGAGGCCUCCUUUCUAGGAAUUACAUUUGGCCCGGGCGUACCAUAGAGAAACACUAGGAAAGUCCUAGAAGAGGUGCCCUCAAGAUCCUCCAAUAUAAUACAUACCAUAGAGUUUCACUGGAGGACCUAGGAAAUUCCUAGAUAGGUGCAUCCUUUCUAGGAAUUACAUUUGGCCUGGGCGUACCAUAGAGAAACACUAGGAAAGUCCUAGAAGAGGUGCCCUCAGGAUCCUCCAAUAUAAUACAUACCAUAGAGUUUAACUGGAGGACCUAGGAAAUUCCUAGAUAGGUGCAUCCUUUCUAGGAAAUACAUUUCUCCCGUCCGUCCUAGAAGAUCCUCCAAUAUACCAUAGAGUAUCCCUGGAGGAUUUAGAAAAUUCCUAGUUGGGGGCUGCCUUCUAGGAAUGUAUAGCAACUCUAUGGUCAUGUUCGGCCCAACACGUACCACAGUGAAACCCUUGGAAACUCCUAGAAGAGGUGCCCUCAAAUGUCUUUUGAUAUAAUGCAUACCAUAGAGUAUCCCUGGAGGAUUUAGAAAAUUCCUAGAGGGGGCAUCCGUUCUAGAAUAUUACUCUAUGGUCACAUUCUUCCCAACACAUACCAUAGAGAAACCCUUAGAAACUCCUAGAAGGGCUCCCUCUCAAGGUCCUCCAAUGCAAAUCUGACCAUAGUGUUGUCCUGGAGGACUACAAACACUCCCAGGGUAAAAGGUGCCCCUCUAGGCAUUUUCUUAAGUCCUCCAAGGCAACUCUAUGGUAAAAUUUUGAAAUUUUUUUUAUUUUUGUAUUAUUUUUUUCCUAAUUUGUUUGGAUUUCUUUAAUAAUGCUACUGCUACUACUAAUAAUAACGGUACUGUUCCAGCACUAAGUGCAUUUAAACGAAAUCUCUUGAGAAUGUCUUUUUCUAAUAUAUAUAUAUGGAGAAGAGAGAAGAAAGUGACCAUUAUAUUAUACUGUGAGGAAAAAAAUAAAUUUAAAAAAGUGUUUUAAAAACAAGAGAGAAAACAA